GUUCAGUGUAGAGCGCGAGCAGGGUUAUACACUGGGAUGGCCAGUGAGUGAGGCUAUUUUAUUGGCGCUGCAGUUGCGAGGCGAUUUUUUCACUGGUUGGACGCGUGUUUGCAAAAGGGCGAAUGAAUUCGCUAACGGAAUAAACAAACAAUAAAAAAAGAGCUCUAGCUACAGCUACAGCGUCUCGGGCGGGCGGUGUCGCGACGGCAAUUACGUGGCGUGGGUGUGUGAGAACAAAAAAAAAACCGGCAACGGCAGCAACAGGGGGCAAUAACGGCAACUGCUAUUACAGAAAUGCAAUCGAUGGUGUGAAUAAUAGCGAUUGCAUGUGGGCUGUCAACAUGACAAAUGAAUAUUUCUGAAUUUUCAUGAAUCAAGAUUCUUUCAAGUUCCGCGAGGCGGCUGAAUUGUUCCCAUGAAUGGUUGGGCGUGUGCUAAUAAUCGAUAUCGACCUGUAUGGCGUUUAUGUUUAUGGUUAAUGGUGAUAAAAGCAGUAGUAAAGUGAAGUUGACUGGUAGCAAGUGUACGAUACCAUCGUGGAUUAUUUAUACCGACCGUAGUUUUCCCGGAUAACAAUGACUGAUAUGAUUGACCUGAGAAUGCAUCAGCACAUUGCGCAUGAGAUCUACCGGCAGCAGAUGAUGCAAAGGAUUCCAGAUCCUUUCCCAUCGAUGCUGCCGGUUCCGGUCCCACCAAUGCAUGCGAUGGCCCUACCACCAAGGUACUCUCUACCCGGCGUGGAAAUCAAACUACAAAACAAGGACCUUUGGCGGGAGUUUCACAAAAUCGGUACCGAAAUGAUCAUCACCAAGUGUGGAAGGCGAAUGUUCCCCUCGAUGCGUCUCACCGUGGACGGACUGGACGCGGACACCAAUUAUUGCGUGCUGCUGGAGAUGAUGCCCAUUAGCGACUGUCGGUUCAAAUUUAGCGGAUCCCAGUGGGUUCCGGCGGGUGGUGCCGAGCCGCAGAGCCCGCAGCGCUUUUGCCUUCACCCGGACAGCCCUGCCCUCGGCACCCACUGGGCCUCCCAGCCGAUCGUGUUCAACAAGGUGAAGCUAACCAAUAAUACGCUGGACAACAACGGACAUGUGGUGCUGACCAGUAUGCACAAGUAUCAACCACGGAUACACGUUAUUCGGACAGCGGAUCCCUCGCAGAUUCCCUGGUCAGCUCAGCAGGCGUUCGUCUUUCCGGAGACCGAGUUCGUUGCAGUUACAGCCUACCAGAACGAUCGAAUAACCAAGUUGAAGAUCGAUAACAACCCGUUCGCCAAGGGAUUCCGCGAGACGGGUCAGUCCCGUUGCAAGAGGAAACUGGGCAGUGGCGGAGGCGGGACCAGCAGCAAUACAUCAACGUCAUCUUCGUCGUCGUCGUUGUCGUCAUCGGGAACAUGUGGCCAGAUGACAGAUGACGAGGAUCGCAACGAUAUGCAACAGCUCCACGAGACCAAGCGGGUCAGAUCAAACGAGCCGGACCCAUUGGAUAGCCGACUGUUGGAUCCCCGGUUAAUGGGAGGAUUAGAGGAUGGCUCCGGGGCUGGAUCAGAAGCGGCGUUGCGGCUGCAGAUGCAACAUAUGCAACGACGGUUCCCACCCGGUUCUCCUGCGGCAGCGGCCGCCGCCAACGAACUGCUGAUGCGUCAGUAUAAUCAAAUGUUCAACCCCAGCUGGAUGGAUUUGAUGAUACCGUACUUUGCACGACAUCCUUACCAUCCAUCGUUGGGUCCUCAGGCGCCACCACAGAUGAACCAUCCGUUCCUGCCGCUGGCAGGCCAUCGUGAAACGCCACUUCCGGUGCCAGUCAGAUCUCCACUUGUAGCGCCACAGAUCUCGCCGUCGGAAUCUGACCGGUCGUCGGCAUUUAGCGUUACUUUUCCACCGACGGAUGAUCAAUCGGCGGUUCAACUGUCACCAGUGCAGCCAUCCGUGGCGACCGGCUCUCCGUUGAGAACUUCACCGUCCGGAAGGCUCGCUCCGAACGACUCCAGAGAGGAGACCAGCGACGACAGUAAAAAGGUGAAUUUCAGUAUUGCUUCCAUUUUGUUGCUGUAGUUGUAAUUGUGUGAUAUUUGUGAACUGUAAGAUACAGACUUGGGGUAGUAUAUUUAUGAAAUUCAUAGAUCGAUUUCAGAGCAAAUGCCUGAUGAGAUUGAUU